AUGCCGAACAAGCAUAGCUCUCCCCGUUCGCAGUCCGGUAGUAGUGACAGCGAAGUGCCCGGCGCUCCCUCAGAGCCCAAACACAACUUGCGUACUCGCAAGAAGAACAGUGAGCCGCGCUCGACGCGGCCAGCCCGUUCCACACGCGUGAAUAAAGUGAUGCUGGAGGAGGGAUCGGACAUUGAGUUCAUCAGCGAGUCGCCCGCUACAAGUAGAGCGCCCUCGAUUCAGCGGGCCACGACUAGGAAACGCGGACAACCUAGGUCAACCUUUCUCGGCGUCUACAUACCUAAGCUGAGACCGUCUGAGGAGAUGAUUCGUGAGAUGAGACAGAAGCAAGCCGCUGCUGUAAACGAGGCGGCUGCAGAUGACGCCGUCGAUGUCACCAAUCAGCCAGGAAGCCCAGUCGAAUUUGUCAUCGAGUCAAGUGUAGAGGACGAGGAGGACGAGGAGGGCAUCGAUAAUGACCUAGGCGUGGCGCUCCAACGAUCUACGGCACCGGGCUCGAAAGCCCCCUCUGUCAGACCCAUGCCCGAGAGGUCCCGCUCGCCUACGAAGAACGUGCCGCCGGCAUCACCCAUAGAACUGCCCGAGGAGAGCGUACAAGGCAAUAAUGAUGAGGGGAAGAAACGCCGUGAAGACUCAGAUGCGGACGAAACUCCCCGGCGCAUGGGCAAGGGCAAGGAGCGCCGUGAAGACUCAGACGACUCAGAUACGGACGCCGCCCCACGGCGCAAGCGCCGCGGUAGUGGCGAGCGGAAGCGCAAACCACGUUGCAGAUCCGGUGGUUCUGCUGAUGAAGGUCUCAAUGCCAUCGAGCUCGACGAACCCGAGCGCUUCAAGACCACUUCCCGCCUGCGCGAGGUCAAGAAGAGCGCGUUUCAGCAACGUCUCGGCAGUCUUCAAAAGAAACGGCGUGGGAAAAUAUUUGGGGCCGAGGUGGUCGAGAGCUCGAGCGAGGAAAGCUCGAGCGAGGAGGACCGUCGCAAGCGCCCGGGACCGAGCAAGAAUAGGAAGGGGUCACAGUGGAAAUUUGUGCAAGACGACCUAUCCGAUUUCAUCGCCUCUGACGACGACAAUGAGACUAUACCUAACCCGCGUGGGCGGGAUACGGGUCGCAAUCGGAACGAGCUGGAUGUGUUCACCUUCAAGCGCGAGACGCCUGAAUACAAGUUCAAAGUUGUUUUCCAGUACCUCCUCGUCCUGGCCAUCAAGGGUCCGAAUGCGAUCCUUCCUCUGCGCGGCAGUAACGCCGAGUACUAUGGCCGCUCGCUCCGCAACGUGCGAGAACAAAUGAGUGGUGUCAAAAGCAGCAUCACCAGUGUGCUGUGGCGUCCCGAGUUCCUCAAGGCUCUGAAGAAAUACCCGCAGUGGAAGCAAGCGCGGUUGGACAAAGAGGAAGACCACUGUGAGGCGUGCAAUCGCUCCAAACAGGCGUGCCAACACGAGGCAUGGCUGCGGGGAUCACCAUAUCAUCCUGAGAAGCACGAGGACGAGUUUGACCGGGAGCGUGCCGAGCUAGCGGAGGCACAGCGUCGCCGACGCCGCAAGUACAAGAAGCAGGGGCGCGACAUGAGCAGCAGCGACAGCGAUGACCCGCGCGAGAUUGGCGCGCUCGGCGCGACCUGCCUACAGCGCACAAGUCUAUGGCACGAGCUGCACCACUGGGAGCACCGGCUGUACCACGACAUCUGCCACUACUACCACGACUUGCUGCGGGCUAAGGGCGAAAGCGUCGACACAGACAGUGACAGCCAGCUGUCGCUUUCGGAUGCGAGCGCCGGCGCCAAAACUGACCUCAAACGCCGCCGCGCGAUUAGCCAACGCCGCGUCACUGAACUCAAGAAACGUCGGCUGCCCAGGGAUCCUGAGGACGUCGACGAGGUCACGGAAUGGAUGGAUGGGCAAGGCUAUCAGCGAGACGCGAUGCGGUACCUCACACGACUGGAAGCUCGCGCACGAGAGCUCGAUGCGCGAUAA